AUGCCGCUGCCCCGGGCGCCCCUUUUGCUCCUGGGAGUCGCGUUGGAGUCCUUCGUGCUGGGGGCUUUGUGCGGCUCUCCCUCACACUCCUUGCGUUAUUCCUGCCUGCAUCUGCCAGAGCCCAGCCAGGCACUGUCCCAGUUCUCCAUUAGGGGCUACCUAGAUGACCAGCCCAUCACUAGCUUUGACAGCCUCACCAGGAAGAUGGAGCCUCUGGUCCCUUGGAUGGACGAGGGGGACAAGGAGAACUUUCUGGCCCCUGAGUGGGUCUUCAGGGCUGACCUGGAGAAGUUAUCAAAACUGGGCCACCGUGCUGGAGGGCUUCACACCUGGCAGGUGUUUUGGGGCUGCGAGCUCAUGGAAGACGGGAGCAAAGGAGGGUUUUUGCACUAUGGCUACGAUGGGAUGGACUUCAUCAGCUUCGACAAGGAGAUCCUCAGAUGGGUGGCAGCUCAUCCCCAGGCCGAGAAGCUCAAGGAGAAGUGGGAGGAUGACCCAAGAUGGUCUGAGGGAAACAAAGUCUUCCUGGAGGAGAUCUGCAUUGAGUGGCUGCAGAGAUACCUGUCCUACAGGAACAAGACUCUGCAGAGGAUUGAGCCCCCAGUGGGGAAGGUGAUCCGCAAGGAGGUGGAUGACCGCCUGGAGGUUCUCAUCUGCCAGGCCUUUGGCUUCUAUCCCAGGGAGAUCCAGGCCACCUGGACCAGGGACGGGGAGGUCUGCCAGUACGAGACCCUCCAUAGGAACGUGGCCCCCAACUCGGACGGGACCUAUUAUGUCAGGCUCAGCAUUGAUAUCGACCCGAAGGAGAGGGACCAUUUUCAGUGUCGCCUGGAGCACCAGGGCUUGCAGGAGCCCCUGAUCUUGGCUUUGGAGGAGGAAACAGGUCCCUAUGGAGGUCUUCAGAAUAAUCCUUCUCCAUCUGAGGCAGGAGCUGCUGUUCCCCCCCCCCCAAUAAACAAACUGUCUUCUCUUUUUGCCAUCUGCCAGAUCGAUGGAAGAGAUGCAGAAAUAAUCUCUAUCUGGAAGGACAACCUGCGAUGA